GCGAUGGGCAGAGAGCGCGCGGCGCGCAGCAGCUCCGCAUCCAGCGCCCUCCCGCUCCGCAGCUCCCCGCGCCCCCGCCGCUUCCGUCGCCGCCCGGGGGUCCCCCGGCCCAGGUCCCACUCCUAGGACGGCGCCGCCCCCGCCGGCCGGCCCUGCCCGCCGCCUGCUGCCACGCAGCCCGGGAGCCAGCCCGGAUGGCGCUUUCUUCUCAGGCUCGGUUUAGAAUGCAGUAACUUAAGAAUUAUAUACUACAGUGAAAUAAUUCAACACCUGUCUUUGAGCAUCCCAUGAUAUGUCCUCUAUACUGGUGGCAGCUUGAUAGCCUUUUAUCAUCUCAUAUAAUAAUGGAUGUGCUGGAGAGAAGGAUGUUACCCACUGUGUAGGUGUAUAAUACUGAAGCAGUAAACACUGUACAAUAAAAAAUUAUGACAUCAGCAUCCAAAGGAAUUCUCCGCCCAUUUUUAAUCGUCUGCAUUAUCCUGGGCUGCUUCAUGGCAUGUCUGCUCAUUUAUAUCAAGCCCACCAACAGCUGGAUCUUCAGUCCCAUGGAGUCAGCCAGCUCAAUGCUGAAACUAAAAAAAUUAUUCUCCACCAAAACUUAUUAUUUUAAUGAAACUGUUAUUUUGAUUUGGUUGUGGCCAUUUGGACAAACUUUUGAUCUUACAUCUUGCCAAGCAAUGUUCAACAUCCAAGGAUGUCAUCUCACUACAGACCGUUCCCUAUACAAUAGAGCUCAUGCAGUUCUUAUCCAUCACCGAGACAUCAGCUGGGAUCUCACUAAUUUACCUCAGCAGGCUAGACCACCCUUCCAGAAGUGGAUUUGGAUGAAUUUGGAAUCACCAACGCACACACCUCAAAAGAGUGGCAUUGAGCACCUGUUCAACCUGACUCUGACUUAUCGUCGUGAUUCAGAUAUCCAAGUGCCUUAUGGCUUCUUGAUGGUGAACACAAACCCUUUUGUGUUUGAAGUGCCAAGCAAAGAGAAAUUAGUCUGCUGGGUUGUAAGUAACUGGAACCCUGAGCAUGCCAGGGUCAAAUAUUACAAUGAGCUAAGCAAAAGUAUUGAAAUUCAUACCUAUGGGCAAGCAUUUGGAGAGUAUGUGAAUAAUAAAAAUUUAAUUCCUACCAUAUCUACUUGCAAAUUUUAUCUUUCUUUUGAAAACUCAAUCCACAAAGAUUACAUCACAGAAAAGCUCUACAAUGCUUUUCGGGCUGGCUCUGUACCUGUUGUUCUGGGGCCAUCUAGGGAAAAUUAUGAGAAUUAUAUUCCAGCAGAUUCAUUCAUUCAUGUGGAAGAUUAUAACUCUCCCAGUGAGCUAGCAAAUUAUCUGAAGGAAGUUGACAAAGACAAUAAAUUGUAUCUUAGUUACUUCAAUUGGAGGAAAGAUUUCACAGUAUCUCUUCCACGAUUUUGGGAAUCACAUGCAUGCUUGGCUUGUGAUCAUGUAAAAAGGCACCAAGAAUAUAAAUCUGUGGGUAAUUUAGAAAAAUGGUUUUGGAAUUAAGAUUUGACAUCAUUUGCACUCUUGGCAAAUUAUUUUGAAGAGAUAUAAUCCAAAUUUUGAGGAUGAAAAGAGAGACAGUAUGCUUUUCUGCCACAAUUUAUUUUUAAUCACUCUCUCGGGUAACAUGUAUAUUUUGAUGGAGACUUUUUAAGAGCUCAUCAUUAGCAAUCACUCUUUUGAUUUUAAAUUAUCCUGUAUAUACCUAAUUAUGUAUUUAUUCUUUAAAGUCAUUUGUAAAAAAUUGUUAUUUCACAUUUUUUAUAGUUGUUCAUAAUGUAAAUUUGUGAUCUAUCUGUUGUUCCCACAUUGAUCAACUGGUCUAUCUAUUAAGAAGAAACAAUGAUGUAUAUCUUAAAAUAUAAAAUAUUUUCACUAAACAUUACAAUCGC